AUGCAGUAAUAGUCUGUUUUGUAUUGUUUAUUUGACCCCGACGUCUUGGCGCAGUUGGUAUAGUCCACUGUCCUCUGGCUUAUCAAGUUCAGAAGGCCGCAGUCAGCUGUGGAGUAAACAGACGGAGCCAUGGUCAGUUUUGUCACAUUUUUUCGUGACCACUGGAUGCAUUCAUUGAUGCCCAUUGGGUUUCUGCUUGGAUGGUACCUUGACAGGCAACAGGAUGAGAAAUUGUCAGGAUUCAGAAACAAAAGCCAACUAUUCAAAAGGGAACUGAAGCCUGGUGAAGAGGUGACCUGGAAGUAGACCAUCCUGUUCCAGAAUGUGUUGUUGUCUGCAGCGUGACUCGUUUAAUGUUGUGUUAACCAGAAAACUAAAUCUUUGAGUUGUAUCAUUGACUAAACAUGACUUUUCUCUUCAGAA